AAGGCUUGCGGGAGUAUUUCAGCCAGUUUGGCGAGGUGAAGGAGUGCCUGGUCAUGAGGGACCCGCUGACAAAGCGAUCCAGGGGGUUCGGGUUCGUCACAUUCAUGGACCAGGCCGGGGUGGACAAGGUCCUGGCCCAAUCCAGGCACGAGCUGGACUCCAAAACGAUUGACCCAAAGGUCGCCUUCCCUCGCAGAGCACAGCCUAAGAUGGUAACACGAACUAAGAAAAUAUUUGUAGGUGGCCUGUCUGUGAACACCACCGUGGAGGAUGUAAAACAAUAUUUUGAGCAGUUUGGAAAGGUGGACGAUGCCAUGCUGAUGUUUGACAAGACAACUAAUCGGCACCGAGGGUUUGGGUUUGUCACCUUUGAAAGCGAAGAUAUUGUGGAGAAGGUCUGCGAGAUCCACUUCCAUGAGAUCAACAACAAAAUGGUGGAAUGUAAAAAAGCUCAGCCAAAGGAAGUGAUGUCGCCCACUGGCUCCGCAAGGGGACGGUCCCGGGUGAUGCCUUACGGGAUGGACGCCUUCAUGCUUGGCAUCGGCAUGCUGGGUUACCCGGGUUUCCAGGCGGCCACCUAUACAAGCCGGAGCUACACCAGCAUUGCACCUGGGUACACUUACCAGUUUCCCGAAUUCCGGGUAGAGCGGACCCCCCUCCCGAGUGCCCCUGUCCUCCCCGAGCUCACAGCCAUUCCCCUCACUGCUUAUGGACCGAUGGCGGCGGCGGCGGCGGCAGCAGCUGUGGUGCGAGGGACAGUCAGCAGUUACAUCAGCGCAGCGAGUCCUGCCCCGAGCACUGGCUUUGGCCACAGCCUAGGGGGGCCCUUGAUUGCAACGGCGUUUACUAAUGGUUAUCACUGAAGCUGAGGACCAAGAAAACAGAAGAUUCCCCAGUGAGCACACCCAGGAGAGCAAGCUGGAGGAUUCAGCAGACCUGGAGGGAUGAGCCAAGAUUUCAUUUUUGUUCAAAAACUGCACACUUGUGGCUGUCAGCUGGGCUCCGGCCAGCCCCCUCUCCCACUGGCCAGAAAGCACUGGAUUCGAACGUGAGGAGAACUCCUCGGCCUCCUCCUGUUACUAACCACCGACCGUUUACACUUCUCCCCAGUCCUCUGACCCACUGCUUCUUCUUUUAUUUAUUUUGGUAGCCCGUUAGUUUUUAUUUUUUAAUUUGGGGGGGUCGGGGGGCCAAGAUCAGCACUCUCAUUUUCAUUGUGGUUCUUUUGCUCUUUUUCGGAGCUGCUAGAAGAACUGUUUAUUUUAUUUUAUUUUAUUUUAUUUUUUUUGGUGAUUGUGUGUAGGUAGCUUUUAUCAAGGAAUAUUUUUAUUUGGCUUUGAAAUCUUUUGUUUGUUUGUUUUAGAUAUAUAUAAAUAUAUAUAUAUUUUGGGACAGGGAAAGGUAUGGACUUGGUCAUAGAAGAACAAAGUCUUUUUAAAGGACCAGUUGAUGUACAACUAAAGCAAUUUCCGAAGGGAAGAGAGAGAGCUGAGAGGCUGAUGCAUUUAAUAGUUUAUCUGUCUCUCUUUUUAAAAAAAAAAAAAAGGAAUGUUUUUUUCUGUCAAUGUGAGGCUUUUGAGACGUACAGAAUUAACAGGAUGUGAACACUCGGGGCGUUGCUGUGGAACAAAUACAAACUGUAUAUUUUGCUAAGUGAGAAAAAACACUAUUCCUUAUUUCUGAUUUUUUUUUCUCCCUGGUUUUUAGAUUUUAGGCUACUAUGAGUUUAUUAUUACUGUAUUUUUCCUUCAAUCUUUCUGUAUCAUAUGUAAAUUGUGCAAGGCACUCUUUGGCCUUGUCUUUACAACAGAGGAAUCUUGGAUUGUUGAUCUCUUUCUUUCUUUCUUUCUUUCUUUCUUUCUUUCUUUCU